GGAGACUCCAGCCGCCUUCCCCUCCGGCGGGCUGGCCGUUCAAAGGGUCUAACCUGCUGACAAACUUUGCACACAGAUAUAGAAGCAAACCCGCGCCGUUAAGAUGACCCGAAAAUGUAUCUGCGAGAUUUGUAAUUGUGGACGACAUCAUUGCCCACAUUUGCCAACAAGAUUAUUCGAUAAGGCACUGGAGCCUUGCUUAUUGACUGAAUACCAUGAGAAAUAUCCUCCAUAUGGUGAUAUCAAGCCUCCCGGCAGCUUUAAGCCAAAGACGGAAUAUCUAUGUAAUCGUGUCAAAAUGGACGGCAACUCAACAUUUAAAACAGACUAUAUACCUCAUGAAGUUUUACGCCGACCUAUUCGUGUGCAGCAAGAGUAUAGACCAAAAUCUGGCGAGGUAGAUCUCCACACAACCUACAAGACAGACUAUUAUCCCUACAAAGUUAAGCCUGUAGAAAGCAUGCGUCCUCCAGAAAGAAAACAUGGGAAAGGAGGGAAAGUAGACACUGUACCAACAUACAAAGAUGAUUACCGACUUUGGGAAAUUCCUAAAAGGAAGCCUAAAACAUCACAGGCAUACUGCCUGCCUACGGGACGGUUUGGAAAUCCAUCUACGUUCCAAGAUGAUUAUGGGCCCAAGGGAUUUUCACAGAGAGAGAGUUUGAAACCACCCGAUGUCUCUCGAACUUCUGAUGUUCCUUUUGAUAGUCUAACAAAUCAUAAAGUAUCAUAUGUAGCUCAUCCGAUAGGGGAACGAUUUGUUAGGCCACGAGAAGAGUACAAACCAAGUGACAGACCUUUUGAAGGUCUUACCACUCACCGUCAUGAUUACAAGGGAGUGCAUGGAGAUCCUACAAAAAGUUUUAAACCUGAGCAUACAAAGAUAGGAUCAGAUGCAGCCUUUGAUGGGAACUCAGAAUUCCGUGACCAAUAUCAGGCAUGGCCUGUUACCUUACCAUAUAUGCACAAACAACCAGAUUAUGUGCAACCAGAUGGUUUAAUGGAUUUGAAUACUACUUCCCACCUUGAUUAUGUUGGACAUAAAAUUAAACCACCUGCUCCAUUUAAACCUGCAAGUGCAAGAAAGGUCCCUGCUCCUUUUCAAGGAAGUACUACUAUGAAAGAUGACUUCAAGUCAUGGGAUAUGAAGAAGCCAGAGAUGAUCAGGCGAAGUGAAGAACUAAAAGUUCCAUGUGUAAAAUUUGAUGAUUUGACUACUUUUAAAGCAAAUUAUGUCCCUCAUCCGAUCAACCCACUGCAAAGCUUCAAACCAUUGAAUGCUCCUUUACAUAGCAAAACACCAUUUGAUGCUGGAACCUUGUAUCGCAUUGAGUAUACACCAAAGAGGUUUGAAAUAUGUCCUGCAAGCUAUCCUACCCCACCAGGCUUUGUGUAUGAAAACACUGAUGCACGUGGUCAUAAAUACUUCCACAAGAUAACGCCAUCAGAAGAAAAGCUGGCGGUGUCAAAUGAAAUGCAACUUCCAAAAGAAGUGGCUGUAGUAUCUUAAUAUCUAUAAAUGUAACUUCUAAUGUUAAAUAUGUUGCUUUCAUUAAAUGAUAUCACACCCAUUCCAAUUUUGUAAUUCAAAUUGCAGUUCCAUUAUAAAUUUCUGCCAAAGGCAGUGACAUUGAAAUUUUUCUCACCUGAAGAUCACAAUUAAUUCUUCUACAACGAUUAUAUAUGUGAGAAGUUUGGUCUACUAAUAUACUUACUGACUUAAUUAAUGAAGAAAGUAAAUUGUUAAUAUCAAAAGCAAUAUAUAUUUUCAAAUCAUUUUCAGAUGUUUAUUUUAAAUUUUUGGAUGAUUAGUAUAUUUAAAACUAGCUGAGCUAAUAUGGCUGACCUAUAACAUAUAACAAUGAAUAGUACAAUUUCUAAUACCCAUUCACCACCUAACAUUUCAAUCUUUAUCUUAAAAUUCUUUAGAAUACCCAUAAAAUAAAGCUCUAAUGUUUAAUGGAUUAGUUAUAAUGAACAAUAUUAUCUCAAUGUUUCACAAAGACCAGGGAAACUGAAUUUAAUUUUCUUCCACUUAGUAUUUUUACAUUUGGUCCUUCUUUUAAGUUUCCUUUGUUUGCUGUGUGUUAUUAAAAAAACAAAGAAUUAAAACCAUUCCAAUAACUAUUAAAACUUAUUCUAAUUCAA